AGUAGGCAGCGGCAGUUAGUGCUAGCACUGAAAAAAAUUGAAUAGUUAACAAAUUCGUAGCUGUGCGCACUGACAAAAUGUCCGACGACGAAUCAUUUUCAUAUGCGCCAGAGGUUGAGCAGAUCUACACAGAUGCUGAGACCCAAGAGGCAAUGCAGUUUAUGCGUGAAAACGAUUUGCCCAUGUCGGAUUUGUUGUAUGCGCUGAAAUAUGUGCGUAUACUUAAUCGCGCUACGGAUCUGGAUGAGCAGUUCAAGCAAAUCAAGCAGCGACUGCAUAAGCUGCGCACCGAGGAUAUUCCAGUGGUAAAGCCGCCCACAGCUGCUGAGCUGCAAAGCGAGCGCUAUUGAGUUCUACAGUUCGCCUAUGCAUUAAAAUAAAAGCACUUUUUGCAAAUGUUUAAAUUGCAGAUUAAGACAA